AUGGCAUUUAGACGCAUCUCCCAUUUCUCCCGCGCUCUGACCAGGUCCACGUGGCGCUCACUAGAGUCAGCUCCUCCGCCCUCCGCCCUUCUCGCACUCUCACCUCUCCAAACCCAAAAGAUCCCGACUCCUCUCAAUCCAAACUUUGGAGUUGAUCGGGGGAGAUUGAGAUCGUGGUCGAGCCAAGCGUUGGUUGAUGUCCCGAGCGCUGCUGCUGUGGUUGAUGUGCCUCUGGCUCAGACUGGAGAAGGGAUCGCAGAGUGCGAGCUGCUUCAGUGGUUUGUUCAGGAGGGGGAUCAUGUUGAAGAAUUUCAACAGCUUUGUGAAGUACAAAGUGACAAGGCCACUAUAGAAAUUACAAGCCGUUAUAAAGGAAAGAUCCUUCAAAUUCUCUAUGUUCCUGGUGAUGUAGUGAAGGUUGGUGAAACUUUAUUGAAGAUAAUUGUUGAUGAAACUCAUCCUUUCACAUCUGAAAGUGAUAGACAUAGAGCUUCGCAAAAGCCUGAGCUAUCUGAAUCUGAUUGUGAAAGCAUCCAGAUUAAGGAAGUGGUCAGCAGGGGAGUUCUAUCUACUCCUGCUAUUAAGAACCUUGCAAAACAGUAUGGUUUGAAUAUAAAUGAAAUUCGUGGAACGGGUAAAGAUGGUAGAGUACUGAAGGAAGAUGUCUUGAGCUAUGCUGCUAGCAAGGGAAUUUUUACAGAAUCACCUGCCUUCUUGAGUGCUAGUGUUGAUGAUCAACAGUUGCUGAUGAACAAAGAGGCCAUGAACACUGCAGAUGUAAAACUCUAUGAAGAUAGGACCAUCCCUCUCAGAGGAUUUCAGAGAUCUAUGGUUAAAUUGAUGACAAUGGCUGCAAAAGUUCCGCAUUUUCAUUACUUGGAGGAGAUAAAUUGUGAUGCACUUGUGAAGCUUAAGACAGCUUUUCAAAAUGAGAACACUGAUCCAGAUGUGAAACACACUUUUCUUCCUUUCUUAAUAAAGUCUCUUUCAUUGGCAUUGAAAAAAUACCCACUGCUGAAUAGCACCUUUAACGAGGAAACCACUGAAGUCAUUCUUAAAGGAUGCCAUAAUAUUGGUGUUGCCAUGGCUACAUCAUACGGUUUGGUAGUACCAAAUAUAAAGAAGGUUCAAUCUCUCUCCAUAUUAGAGAUUACAAAGGAAAUGUCUAGAUUACAUAAAUUGGCAUCAAACAACAAGCUAAGUACUGAAGAUAUUACUGGAGGAACAAUAACAUUGAGCAACAUUGGGACCAUUGGCGGCAAGUUUGGCUCACCAGUAAUAAACCUACCUGAAGCAGCCAUAAUUGCAAUUGGUCGGAUGCAAAAACUUCCUCGUUUUCGAGAUGACGGAUCUAUAUAUCCAGCUGCCAUUACCAAUGUUACCGUCGGAGCUGACCAUAGAAUUAUUGACGGGGCAACAGUUGCAAAGUUCUGUAACGAGUGGAAGCUCCUAAUAGAAAAGCCAGAGCUGCUCCUACUACACAUGAGCUAGCUAGCUUCAGGCUCCAGAGGCAAAAUGCUUCUUCUCUGAAAUUAAUUAAUAGCUGAGAGAUUUGUAGACGAUGAUCACUGCACACAACUAUGUAUCAAUUAUUCAGUUGAUACAGUUGUUUAGUUAUUAUUGUGAUUAAUAAAGCUGGGCUUCUUUUCCUCCACGUAGUGUACUUCUCCUAAUGUAUGUAUCAAUUAUUCAGUUGAUACAUUUGUUUACGUAUUAUGAACAAGAAAGUUGGGCUUCUUUUUCGCAAA